CUUCUCCGACCGACCUCUCUCUCGGAGUGGAUUGUGACUGUGACUGUGACUCUGUGAGUGCCUUACUCGUCGUAUACAAUCCACAAGCCCCUUUUCUCCUCUGCACAUCCUCUCUGUCUCGCCCUCUCCACACCGAACACAACGAACAACCAAAAGCCUGAAAUGGCUCUUCAUGGCGUACCCUCUCUUGCGUCUUCUUCACUCCAUCCCUGUCCCAGAAACCACCCCCAACGGCAAUCACCACGCACUUCAGAAACGAACCUUCUAUACACCUUCAACUCCCUAUCGCAGCUCAAACAACUUCACUCUCACAUCAUCAAAACCAACGCUUCCUACUCACUUCUCUCCCUUCCCCGAGUCGCCUCUGUUUGCGCUUUCUCUCCUGCCUUUCCUUAUUACGCCCAAGAAAUCUUUGAUCGCGCAGAUGCGCCUCAAAUCAAUGUCUGGAAUUCUUGUUUGAAAGCCUUUGCGGAAGGCGAUACCCCUAUUGAUGCCAUUGCACUCUUCCGCAGAUUGAGACAGUAUGACGUCCGUCCUGAUUCUUUUACUUGCUCUUUUGUUCUCAAGGCUUGCACGCGGUUGUCGGACCUUGUUCAUGGUAGGAUUUUGCAUGGGAUUGUUGUGAAACUCGGGUUCCGGUCGAAUUUGUUUUUGCAGAACGCAACUGUGAAUAUGUACGCUUCUUGUGGCGACAUGGAGAGUGCUUGGCUUCUGUUUGAGAAAAUGCCGCAAAGAGAUGUUGUGACCUGGAAUACGAUGAUAACCCAGUUGGUUAGGCGAGGAGACUCUGGUGGGGCAUUUGGUUUGUUUUUGCGAAUGCCUCAGAGAAGUGUGAGGUCGUGGACGGCCAUGAUUGCUGGUUUUGUCCAAUGUGGGAAGCCCAAGGAUGCCGUUCGCCUUUUCUUUCAAAUGGAGGAGGCGGGUUUCGGACCAAAUGAAGUAACUGUGGUGGCUGUUCUUGCGGCCUGUGCUGAUUUGGGUGAACUGGAUCUGGGCAGGAGGAUUCAGGACUACUCGGACCAAAAUGGUUUUGGAAGAAAUGCCCGUGUUUCGAACACUCUGAUUGACAUGUACAUCAAAUGUGGAUGCUUAGAAGCUGCACGCAGAGUUUUUGAUGGCAUGCAGGAAUGGACAAUCGUGUCAUGUUCAGCAAUGAUCCAAGGCCUCGCAAUGCAUGGUCGAGCAGAGGAAGCACUGCAUCUCUUCUCUAGGAUGACUCAAUUGGGCAUCAUGCCAAAUGGAGUCACCUUCAUCGGUUUGUUGCAUGCUUGUAGCCACAUGGGGAUGGUAAAUGAGGGAAGAAGAUUUUUUGCCAGCAUGACUAAUGAUUACGGGAUAACUCCUCAAGUUGAACACUACGGUUGCAUGGUUGAUCUUUUAAGCCGAGCCGGACUUCUUCAAGAGGCCCAUGAUUUCAUCGUGAAUAUGCCUAUCAAACCGAAUGGAGUGGUGUGGGGAGCACUUCUUGGUGGAUGCAGAGUCCACAAGAACAUCGAGAUGGCUGAGGAAGCAAUGCAACAUCUCCUUGUAUUGGAUCCAGGCAACGACGGAUACUACGUCGUGCUAUCCAACAUUUUUGCAGAGGCAAAGCGGUGGGAAGAUGUAGCUAGAGUGAGGAAGCUGAUGAAAGACCGAGGGUUGAAGAAGACACCUGGGUGGAGUUCAAUCACUAUAGAUGAAGUGGUUCAUGAGUUUGUGGCUGGGGAUGAGACCCAUCCUCAAGCCAGGGAGAUAUCUGAAGGGUGGGAGCAAUUGCUGGAAGAAAUGAAGCCAAAAGGUUAUGUACCGAACACUUCAGUAGUUCUGCUGGAUAUGGGGGAGCAUGAGAAGGAAAAAGCUCUGUAUCGCCAUAGCGAGAAGUUGGCUUUGGUUUUUGGACUAAUGAAGACGCCAACUGGGACACCGAUCAGAAUCAUGAAGAACCUACGUGUUUGUGAAGAUUGUCAUAAUGCUUUCAAAUUGAUAUCGGGGAUUGUUAACCGAGAUAUUGUAGUGCGUGACCGAAACAGGUUCCACUGUUUUAAAGAUGGCUGUUGCUCUUGCAGGGAUUAUUGGUAAUAAUAUUGAUGAUCCAAGACCAUACAUAUUGAUAUAUCAAAUUGCUAUUUAUUUGUUGAAAAACCCACAUGCUUCGAAGAUUUUUAGUUGCCCUUGGAAAAAGAAGUCCCCUCCUAUUAACACAGGAACUGAAAGUGGAACAAAGGGUAAGAUGAGGUGCGUAGCCUUUCCCUCAACCACCUUAACUUCGCUCCCCUGGCUACUGAAGGUUGGGCCGAAGGCUAUAGACUGUGAUAAAGAUUUGCUGCGAUAUACAUCUUUAACUAGGUGUCGAACUCCUAAAUCAAUAAAGGGUGCUUGGGUAGAGAAAUGAAAGCUGUUUAGGGCAAGUGCCAUCAGUUCUUUGCCUUUGGGCAAUUAGUCCAGUCUUUAAUAACGUUGCACGAUUGAAGUGGGAAAGCAGGGGGGAUCGAAUUGAACUAAUAGAACCAGGUGAUGCUUGCUGAACCUGGUUGGAUUCUCCACAACCCCUUUGCGGGCUCUGUACUGUAGCAAGAAAUGAUACAUUCGGUUAAAGAAAGUCCUUAGUGUAAAUUGCUUUGAAUGGGUAAAUUAAUCAUUUGUCUUUA